AUGCCGCCGUCGUCGCUCCCUCCGCAGGCCGCCGCCGUCGCUCCCUCCGCAGGCAGCCGCCGCUCCAUCCGCAGGCAACUGCCGCCGUCGCCGCUCCCUCCGCAGACCACCUCCGUCGCCGCCCCCUACACAGGCUACCACCGUUGUCACCCGGCACCGGACCUGCAGGCUGCCGCCGCUCCCUCUGCAGGCCGCCGCCGUUCCCUACGCAGGCAACCGCCGCCGUCGCUCCCUCCGCAGGCAGCCGCCGUUGCUCCCUCCGCAGGCAGCCGCCGCUCCAUCCGCAGGCAACCGCCGCCGUCGCCGCUCCCUCCGCAGACCACCGCCGUCGCCGCUCCCUACACAGGCUGCCGCCGUUGUCACCCGGCACCAGACCUGCAGGCUGCCGCCGCUCCCUCUCCUGGCCGCCGUCGCCGACGCUCCCUCCGCAGGCCGUCCUCGACGAGCUGCAGUUGGCCGACCAGUGGCGCGCCGCGGCUCCCUAAGCCCUGA